GAGAAUGAAGAAGAUCUUGACCCAGAAGAAAUAUACGAAUUAGCGUAUAAUUUAGCAGAAAGUGGUCCCACCGUAAUAGCUAAAUCUUCGCUUCUCAAUUUACUCCGGAAAGAGCUACGUAAGCUGGAUGUUGAUUCUCUGACGAUAGAAGCAACAUACGUACCUCAUAUUUC